GCCUCCCUCGCUACGUUGUAAUCACGUCACUACUAGAGCAAGCUCCUGAUUGGUUAACGCGGCGCGAAUUUUCGCCAAAGUUCAGAUUUUUCAACUCGCGCGAAUCACGCGUUAAGCGCGUCAAACGCCCAAAACGCUCAAUUCGCGCCGCCUCAUUCGCGCGAACCGCGCCGCAAGAUGUCUAUUCGCGUCUUUGCAUUGACUUAACAUGUAAAUCACUCGCGCUUAACGCUUCAUUCGCGUCUGGUGUGAACGCACCUUUAAGGCGGAGUCACUUCCGGCAUCAUAGGGCGGCCAUCUUGCCACAGGGAAGCUUUCUGGCAAGUUCUGAGGAUUAUUAGAGAAGAUGCCAGACUUUUGUGCAGCCUACGGAUGCUCCAAUGAACGCGGUAUCGAAACGAGAGCCCGUGGGAUCACCUUUCACCUGUUUCCCAAAACUGGACAGAUAAGGAGGCAAUGGGAACUUGCCCUGAGAAGGGACGGAUUUGUUGCCUCUAAGAGGACACUGCUCUGCAGUGAACACUUCAGGAGCGAGGACUUUGACAGGACGGGGCAGACUGUCCGGCUUAAAGGUGGUGUUGUGCCAAGUAUUUUCGAUUUUCCAGCUCAUCUUCAAAGGCUGGUGGCAACAAGAAGCACAACCACCUGUAGAAGAGCGGAAGACAACCUGCCAAUGGACUUGUCUCAGGAUGUACCUCAACCUGAUGUUGGAGAGAGGAGUUUGAACCGCAAGCGGCAGGCCACUGACCACUUGUAUUCAUUGCCUGCUUGCCCUAAGGCUAUAAAGGCCAAACUUGAAAAAGCCUCGGUGAGAGUGAGGAAACUGCAGCGGGAGAAGAGUAAUGCCUUGAGGAGAGAAAAGAGGGCCAAGAUGAACAUGCGGGCUCUUCUGGAAGAACUGAAGGAGAAAAAUCUCAUCAACGAAGAGCUGAAAGGCAACCUUGAAUGCUACUCAGAUCUUCCGGUUCAUCUCCUGUCAAGGCAGGGUGUAGAGUACACCAAGGCCCAGAGAGAUUUUGCCCUUACGCUCCAUCUGCAUGGUCCAAAGGCAUAUCAUUACCUGAGAGAUACCUUGCAUAUUCACUUGCCACAUCCCAGUUCAUUGCAAAGGACAUUAAAUGGGCUUGAGGUGUCACGACUCACGGGGAGUCAAGGAAACCAGGAACGAGGAGACGAAGAAUUCACAAAUGAGAAUCUUUAA